UUCUAUGUCUGUUCUCUGCCCCACAUCCCCCCAUAGAUUCUCCUUUUCCCCCUUUAAUUCCCCAGGUUGAUGGGAGCCGCCCCACAGACGAUAUGGGGCAGAGCGGGUCGGAGCCGCAGCAGGACACGGAGGAUGCAUCCCUGAUAACGACCUUAUCUCAGCUCUUUGCUGAGGAGCAGCUGACGACCAGCGCGGUGCUGUGGGUGAUGCUCAGCCUCAGCUUCAUGGUCCUGGUGGCCGUUGGCGUCGUGCUGCUGCUGCGACGGCUGCGCAUGAAGAAGGUUCCUGCCCAGGAGACCCCCAAAUAUCGCUUCCGAAAGAGGGACAAGAUGCUGUUCUAUGGGCGCAAGAUCAUGAGGAAGGUCUCCCAAUCCACCUCGUCCCUGGUGGACAACACCAUCUCCAGCACCUCCCGACCACGGAUGAAGAAGAAGCUGAAGAUGCUCAACAUCGCCAAGAAGUUCCUCCGUAUCCAGAAGGAGCUCCCCACGUUGCAGUUAAAGGAGCCGCCACCUUCAGUGCUAGAGGCAGACCUGACAGAAUUUGACGUGAAGAAUUCUCAUUUGCCAUCGGAAGUCCUAUACAUGCUUAAAAACGUCCGGGUUUUAGGGCACUUUGAGAAGCCGCUGUUCCUGGAGCUGUGCAAGCACAUGGUUUUCCAGCAGUGUCAACAGGGGGAUUAUGUGUUCCGACCCGGUCAGCCCGAUACCAGCAUCUACGUGUUACAGGAUGGGAAACUGGAGCUGCUGCUCACCGAGCCGGAUGGAAAGGAGACAGUGAUGAAGGAGGUUUUCCCUGGGGACAGCGUGCACAGCCUGCUCAGCAUCCUCGAUGUCAUCACGGGUCACCAGCGGCCGUACCGGACGGUGUGUGCACGAGCAGCAGAGGAUUCGACCGUCCUUCGUUUACCAGUUGAAGCCUUUUCAGCUGUGUUUGAGAAAUACCCCGAGAGCCUCGUGCGGGUGGUGCAGAUCAUCAUGGUGCGCUUGCAGCGUGUCACCUUCCUGGCUCUACACAAUUACCUGGGGCUGACCAAUGAGCUUUUCAGCCACGAGAUGCAGCCGCUGCGGCUCUUCCCCCAGCCCAGCCACGCCACCCGCACCAGCCCUGUCCGCCAUGGCAAACGGGGUCUUGGCGCUGCUGAGGAGGGCAGGGAGAGACCAACAGAGCUCAAUGAGCCAUUGAAGGCUGGAGGGCUGGAUCCCCCUGCGCCGCCGCUGCUGAGCCGCUGCAUCUCAAUGCCCGUGGAUAUCUCGGGCAUCCAGAAGGGUCCACGUUCUGACUUUGACAUGGCCUACGAGCGCGGCCGCAUCUCAGUGUCACUGCAGGAGGACAGCACCAGCCCCUUGGCUGCCUUCUCUAGGUCCAUCUCACACGAACCCAAGGAACGCAAGUCGGUGACGGUGGAGGAGCAGCCGUCGGGUGUCUAUAGGUACAGCUGCGAGGAUGACUCCGCCGUGGUGGAUUGUCCCUUUGAACCCUACCAAGGCCGCCAAAACAGCGCCAUCUUUGAGGCCGCCAAGCAAGAGUUGGUCAAGCUGAUGAAGGUGGAGGACCCUUCUCUGCUCAACAACCGUGUCUUACUUCAUCAAGCCAAAGCCGGGACCGUCAUUGCCCGUCAAGGGGACCAAGAUGUGAGCCUCCAUUUUGUGCUAUGGGGCUGCCUACACGUCUACCAGAGGAUGAUCGACAAGGCCGAGGAUGUCUGCCUCUUCCUGACGCAGCCCGGGGAGAUGGUGGGGCAGCUGGCCGUGCUGACUGGAGAGCCCCUCAUCUUCACCAUCAAGGCCAACCGCGACUGUACCUUCCUCAAGAUCUCCAAGUCGGACUUCUAUGAGAUCAUGAGGGAGCAACCCAGCGUGGUGCUGAGCGUCGCCCACACCGUGGUCACCCGCAUGUCGCCCUUUGUGCGUCAAAUGGACUUUGCCAUCGAUUGGAUGGCGGUGGAAGCAGGCCGGGCUCUUUACAGGCAGGGUGACAAGUCGGACUGCACCUACAUCGCGCUCAACGGGCGGCUCCGCUCCGUCAUCCAGAAGGGCAGCGGUAAAAAGGAGCUCAUUGGGGAAUAUGGCCGUGGGGACCUGAUUGGUGUGGUUGAAGCUCUUACAAGGCAACCCCGUGCAACCACAGUGCACGCGGUCCGGGAUACGGAGCUGGCCAAGCUGCCUGAAGGUACCUUGAACAACAUCAAGCGUCGGUAUCCUCAGGUUGUCACCCGACUCAUCCACCUCCUGAGCCAAAAGAUCUUGGGAAACCUCCAGCAGCUCCGCGGCCCUUUUGCAGGCUCUGGUUUGGGCAUGGCCUCCAGCUCGGAGCCCACCAACCCCACCAGUAACCUCUCAACAGUGGCGGUGCUGCCGGUGUGUGACGACGUGCCCAUGGCUGCCUUCACCUUGGAGCUCAAGCAUGCACUGAAUGCCAUUGGUCCCACGUUGCUCCUCACCAGCGACAUCAUUCGUGCCCGACUUGGCUCCUCAGCACUGGACAGCAUCCAUGAGUAUCGGCUGUCGGGUUGGUUGGCCCAACAAGAAGACAUCCAUCGCAUCGUGCUCUACCAAACCGACUGCACGCUGACGCCUUGGACCGUGCGUUGCAUCCGUCAAGCAGACUGCAUCCUCAUCGUUGGGGUGGGGGACCAGGAGCCGGUGCUAGGAGAGCUGGAGCAGAUGCUGGAGAACACAGCAGUGCGUGCGCUGAAGCAGUUGAUCCUCCUGCACCGUGAGGACGGUCCCAGCCCAUCACGCACCGUCGAGUGGCUCAACAUGCGGAGCUGGUGCUCGGGACACCUGCACAUCAAGUGUCCGCGACGCGUCUUCUCCCGACGCAGCCCCACCAAGCUGAGGGAGAUGUAUGAGAAGGUGUUUGCCAAGAGCGCCGAUCGGCACAGCGACUUCUCCCGCUUGGCGCGGGUGCUCACCGGCAACACCAUCGCCCUGGUGUUGGGGGGCGGCGGAGCCAGGGGCUGCUCCCACAUUGGGGUGAUCAAGGCGAUGGAGGAGGCGGGGAUCCCCAUUGACAUGGUUGGUGGCACCUCCAUUGGGUCCUUCAUCGGCGCGCUGUACGCCGAGGAGCGCAGCGCCGUGCGCACCAAGCAGCGGGCGCGAGAGUGGGCCAAGUGCAUGAAUUCAGUGUUCGCAACCGUCCUGGACCUCACCUACCCCAUCACCUCCAUGUUUUCGGGCUCAGCCUUCAACGCCAGCAUUAACAAAGUCUUCCAGGACAAGCAGAUCGAGGACCUUUGGCUUCCCUACUUCAACGUCACAACCGACAUCACGGCCUCAGCCAUGCGGGUGCACACGGAUGGCAGCCUAUGGCGUUACAUCCGAGCCAGUGCCUCCUAUACCCCCUACCUGCCUCCGCUCUGCGACCCCAAGGACAGCCACUGCCUCGUGGACGGCUGCUAUGUUAACAAUGUCCCAGGCUCGCUCUGGCGGUACGUGCGAGCCAGCAUGACCCUAUCUGGGUACCUGCCACCCCUCUGCGACCCCAAGGACGGCAACUUGCUGAUGGACGGGGGUUACAUCAACAACCUGCCAGGCAAGUAGCGUCCCAACGCCCUCACCGGGUCCGGUCCCGGUGGUGAGCAGUUGGGUUGGCCAACAAGGGAUGGGUCUUCAAUGCUCUUCAAUCUACCAUUGAGGCUGGAUUUGGGCUAUCUGGCUCAGUUUUGAGGCUGGAUUUGGGCUAUCUGGCUCAGUUUUGAGGCUGGAUUUGGGCUAUCCGGCUCGGUUUUGAGUUGCCUGUUGGUUUCUUCGUUGCCCUCUUAUGGCAUCUUCAUCCUCAUUCCUGUGCCAAAGGCAUCCAUCCAUCUUGCAUUGGCUUGUGGUCACCAUGUCCAGCCUCAGUGGUGGGCAGUUGGGUUGGGGUCACGUUGGCCACCACGGGAUGGGGCUUCAGUGCUCUUCAAUCUUCCAUUGAGGCUGGAUUUGGGCUAUCCGGCUCAGUUUUGAGGCUGGAUUUGGGCUAUCCAGCUCGGUUUUGAGUUGCCUGUUGGUUUCUUCAUUGCCCUCUUGGGGCAUCUUCAUCCUCAUUCCUGCACAAAAGGCAUCCAUCCAUCCAUCUUGCAUUGGCUUUUGGUCACCGUGUCCAGACUCAGUGGUGGGCAGUUGGGUUGGAACCAUGUGGCCAUCAUGGGAUGGGGCUUCAGUGCUCUUCAAGCUACCAUUGAGUCUGGAUUUGGGCUAUUCGGCUCCGUUUAGAGACUGGAUUUGGGCUAUUCGGCUCAGUUUUGAGGCUGGAUUUGGGCUAUCCGGCUUGGUUUUGAGUUGCCUGUUGGUUUCUUCGUUGCCCUCUUGUGGUAUCUUCAUCCUCAUUCCUGUGCCAAAGGCAUCCAUCCAUCCAUCUUGUGUUGGCUUUUGGUCACCAGGUCCAGCCUCAGUGGUGGGCAGUUGGGUUGGGGUCAUAUUGGCCAUCACGGGAUGGGGCUUCAGUGCUCUUUAAGGCAAUGCUGAGUCUGGAUUUGGGCUGUCCCGUCUAGUUUUGAGUUGCCUGUUCAUGUCUUCAGUGUUGGUUGCCCUCUUGGGGCAUCUUCAUCCUCAUUCCUGCACAAAAGACAUCCAUCCAUCCAUCUUGCAUUGGCCUUUGGUCAGCGGGUCCAACCUCAGUGGUGGCCAGUUGGGUUGGAACCAUGUGGCCAUCAUGGGAUGGGGCUUCAGUGCUCUUCAAUCUACCAUUGAGGCUGGAUUUGGGCUAUCUGGCUCAGUUUUGAGGCUGGAUUUGGGCUAUUCGGCUCGGUUUAGAGGCUGGAUUUGGGCUAUCCGGCUUGGUUUUGAGUUGCCUGUUGGUUUCUUCGUUGCCCUCUUGUGGUAUCUUCAUCCUCAUUCCUAUGCCAAAGGCAUCCAUCCAUCUUGCAUUGGCUUUUGGUCACCAUGUCCAGCCUCAGUGGUGGGCAGUUGGGUUGGAACCAUGCAACCAUCACGUAAUGGGGCUUCAGUGCUCUUUAAGGCAACGCUGAGGCUGGAUUUGGGCUGUCCCGUCUAGUUUUGGCAUUCCUGUUGGUUUCUUCGUUGCCCUCUUGGGUCAUCUUCAUCCUCAUUCUUGUGCCAAAGGCAUCCAUCCAUCUUGCAUUGGCCUUUGGUCAGCGGGUCCAGCCCCAGUGGUGGGCAGUUGGGUUGGGGUCACGUUGGCCACCACGGGAUGGGGCUUCAGUGCUCUUCAGUCUACCAUUGAGGCUGGAUUUGGGCUGUCCCAUCUAGUUUUGAGUUGCCUGUUGGUUUCUUCAAUGUUGGUUGCCCUUUUGGGGGCAUCUUCAUCCUCAUUCCUGUGCCAAAGGCAUCCAUCCAUCUUGCGUUGGCUUUUGGUCAGCGGGUCCAGCCCCAGUGGUGGGCAAUUGGGUUGGGGUCACGUUGGCCACCAUGGGAUGGGGCUUCAGUGCUCUUCAGUCUACCAUUGAGGCUGGAUUUGGACUAUCCCAUCUAGUUUUGAGUUGCCUGUUGGUUUCUUCAAUGUUGGUUGCCCUUUUGGGGCAUCUUCAUCCUCAUUCCUGUGCCAAAGGCAUCCAUCCAUCUUGCAUUGGGCCUUUUUGGCCUGUUUCCAUGGAUACCUUCAUGUUCAUGGCACACACAGGAUGCAUCCCUUCAUCUUCCAUCUUCUCUUAGCGAUACGUGUCCUCUCAUCAUCCUUCAUGCACAAAAAACAUCCCUCCAUGUCGUGUCAUGGUGUCCAUGGAUGCUCUCCUGCCCUCCUUCCAUCCAACCUGCAUCCUCCUCUCCUGAUGUCAUGGGCACCGUGUCCCUUCCCAGGCCAUCUCCAUCCUCUUCCAUGUGCCAGCCAACAUCCUUCAUCAUCUCAGUGUGUCCUUAGCACUGGGUGCCCAUCUGUGUCCUUCAAGUGACCAGACACGGCCAUCUAUUUUCUUGGCUGUCUUCAGCACCAGAUCCCCUCCAUGCCAUGUGUGGCAUUGCCCACCACCUCAUGGUGUUUUUGACACCACAUUUCCUCCCCAGGACAACUCCAUCCUUCAUUUGCCACCUCUCUUUGUCCUAUGUCAUCUGCUGGGUGCCCUCCUGGGGCUCCUUUUUGCUCUUGAAUGACAUUUCUUGGUGUCUUUGGCACCAAAUGCUCUUCAGGAACAUCUCCAUCCUUCAUUUGCCACCUCCCUCUGCCCUCCUGGGUCACCUCUGUGCUCUUGAAUGAUGUUUCUUGGUGUCUUUGGCUCCAAAUGCUCAUCAGGAACAUCUCCAUCCUCCUUCUCAUGCAAACCAGCUUCUUCCCCACCACCUCUGAUGUCCUCAGCUCCCAUGGGGCACCUCCAUCCCUCUCCCUGUUCACCCCAUCUCCAUCCAUGUUGGAUCAUCUCCCGGUGUCCUCAGCACCGGGUUCUCUCCCUGGGGUCCCUCCACAUUUACAGCUUGCCUUCAUCCUUCCAUCAGCCCUACAAGUGCAUCGCUGCUCUGCUCCCCACCAGCACCUUGUGCCCUCCAAUCCAAUGCCUACGGGACAUCGCUUGUCCCCACCUCUCACUGGUCCCAGCAUGACUUUGCUGUCCAGCCCAUGGUUGGGAAUGGUCCUUUGCCCUUUUACUCCCCUUGAGGUGUCUCACAGGGGGGUUGAACAGUGGAGCUGCAGACCUAUCUCCUUCCUUCCCCACCUUAUAGCCGACAUAGCCCGCAACAUGGGCGCCAAGACGGUGAUUGCCAUUGACGUGGGAAGCCAAGAUGAGACAGACCUGUGCAACUAUGGGGACAGCUUGUCGGGCUGGUGGCUGCUCUGGAA